UCCAAAGCCAAAAAAUAAUAAUAAUAAUAAUAAUACCGACUUCUUCAAUCCCACCAAGCCCAAAACCCAAAAAAGAGGCCGAGUUUCUACACAACUCGAAUCGUUAACUCACUUCCAGUCUCAGAGCUAAACCAACUCACUACCAUGGCCGACAACGCCGACUCUCCUCCGUCUCCUUCACCUCCGCCGCCGCUCACCAUCGAUGGUUCCGACCGCGACGCGGUGCUCGCCAAAUCCGACUACCUCAGUCGGCGGGAGGUUCUGGAGCGCCGUUCCCGCCAUUGCAAGCAGCUGGCUAAGCUUUAUCGGGAGCACUAUUGGGUUAUAAUGGACAUGGUCAAGCUCAAGCACAGGGAUUAUUACUGGACCUACGGCAAGAGUCCCUUCAAGGACGACAACCCCAAUUCCAAUUCCGCCAAUUCCAACGAAGAUAAUGGUAAUGGCAAGUUAGGCUUAGGGUUGGAUGGUGGGGAUGAAAUCAAGAGGUGCCAAGUUGCUGGGUGUAAGUCAAAGGCCAUGGCUUUGACCAGGUUCUGUCAUGUUCAUAUACUCUCUGAUCCCAAGCAGAAGCUCUAUAAGGGUUGCACCUAUGUUCUUAAGAGUAUGCAGACAGGGCCUCUCCUCUGUAAUAAACCAAUACUAAGAUCCACAGUUCCUUCUUUGUGCCCCACUCAUUAUCAGAAAGGUGAAAAAUAUCUGGUACGAGACCUGAAAAAGGCUGGUCUUAAUGUCUCUUCAGUAAGCAAGCUUGCUCCAAAGUUCCAUAUCAUAGUUGCUGAAUACAUCUCCCAAAUCCAAACCAAAAGGCGAGCUGCACAAAAGGCUAUUGUAGGUAAAGUGGAGCCGAUGUAGUAAGAUGAAACAAGUUAAGGGCCAGCCACCUGAUGUUUUUCAUAUUGUUAGAGGUUUUGAGUAGUUGGUGGACGAAGACUAAGAUUUCGAUACAACAACAUGGAAACUCAUACUCGGUGCAUACUCAAGAAUGAACAAAAGUUUCUCUGUUUAUUCAUGAUUCCUUAACUCAAUUCCAUAAUAUGAUGAGCUUUGCCAGUUUUAUCAGCAAGGUUGAUAGAUGUAUAUUUGAUUAUUCUAUCACCCAUGUCUUGCGAUUUUCAUUUUUUGUAAUUAAACUACAAUUUCCCCAAAAAAAAAAAAGCAGACGAACUGAUUCUGGGUUGUCAUACCACUAGUUGAUGGAAGAUAUAUGUAGCUGAUAUAGAUGGUUCAUAUUGAUUGAUAUAAACUCGGUUAUGAGAACUCUUUGUAGGA